GAUUGAGCAAUCGACCAUAGAGAAGCUGCUUCCGCUGCCGAAGUUUUCCGCUUCCUUCACGUUUCCGUUUAACGCUUCGCAGACCCUGUGUUUAAAUAGCCUGUCUCUGUGGCUGCUGCAUCGCGACGUGAGGAGGUUGGGUGGGUGCCAGGCUUCAGCGCAGGCGCAGAGAGGCCCCAAGUCGCGAGACAAAGGGUGACACCGGGAGCCGUCGAGAUGGCGGCGGAGCUGGGGAGUGCGGGCCGGGCGAGCCCAGCGCCCCCGGAGAUAGAAGCAGCUUCAUCGGCGAAACUGGAGGAGCCUGGCGCUAGCCUGGAGUCCCCUGAGGCCGCGGCCUCGCUCCCUGGGCCUACGGCCCCCGAGGCCUCUCGCCCUGGUCCUGCAGCCCCCACCGCCUCACCCCCUUCCCCGGGCCAGCUCCCCGCCGCCCUCGAGGCCUCGCCUCCGGCCCCCGGCCCCCCGGGGUCCCGGCCCGGCCCGGAGACGUUCCGCCAGCGCUUCCGGCAGUUCCGCUACCACGAGGCAGCGGGGCCGCGCGAGGCGUUCCGCCAGCUCCGAGAACUCUCCCGCCAGUGGCUGCGGCCCGAGGUCCGAACCAAGGAGCAGAUCGUGGAGAUGCUGGUGCAGGAGCAGCUCAUGGCCAUCCUGCCCGAGGAGAUCCGGGCCCGCCGGCGAGGCCGCCGUGGAGAUGUGCGCAUCACGGGCUGACCUAGGGGACCCGAGGCCCCGCCGGCUGGCGAGCGAGGAGCGGCCUCCGGGCGCCGGCCGCGCAGAGGAGGAGCCGGCGGUGGCAGUGGGGACCCUGGAGCCGCGUUGGGCCUCACUGUAGCGAGCUUGAAGCUUUUUCCCUCACCGAGGGGGCCGGCGAGCUCCCGUUGUGUUGUCUGUCCGCACCCGCCACCGCAUUAAUGAAAGCUGAUUUUUGGCAGUCGUGGCCUGUUCUGACUCUUUCCUUCGCCUCUUGGUUUUCUACUCCCUGGCAGCCUCCAUCCCCUUUUCCGUGUGGCUAACUGGGGAGGGGGGGAGGGCUCCAUUCCUCAGUGGGUCAUUUUAGCUAACUGCUCAGUCCCAGUGUCUGUUCUUUCUGCUGGAGCACCUCAUGUACAGAGACCUGAUCGAUGUCCUGUGUCUGUUAGUGUUACUUUUUCGUGAAAGGUCAGAGGACCUGCAGCAGACCUGACUUAAAUAGUAAAGGCUUUUUGUUGUAGCAGAUUGUUGCAGAUUUAUGAAAAGAUCAUUCUCGGUCCCUUUCGUGUUAUUUUCGGUAGUGCCUUUUACAUGCAUUAUAUCUUUUUAAGUGACCAGGCUCAGGGAGAUCAAGAGACGGCCUAGGGUACACAAUUGAUAUUAGAAUCGGGGCUUUUUGUGCACUGUUUGAGAAUGCCUUUGUAUUGACUGUAUGGUAAUUUCCAGAUUCAUUAAGCGUGUUUAGCAAGAGAUUAUUGCAGAAAUGAGGUUGACCUAUAAUAGCUGCCUGGGUUGGUAACUACCCACUGAGCCAAAUGUAAUGGAUUUCCUCUUUAUUACAACUCCAUAUUAACAAGUAUCAAACCACUUGUUUUUAGUUUAGUCCUUCACUCUGCCAUCAACAUUAGGGAGAAAAACGGGCAUCUGCUUCUUGCCCUUGGCCAGUAUUGCCUGGAGUGGAAUUCCUCAGUGCUGGUGGACCCCCAAGGACUGGCAGCAUUAGUGAACUGUUUGUGACAUUGGUUUUCAGUGACUGGAAUCAGCAGUGGGCCCUCGUGGGACUUGUGCCUAGCUGGUGCCUUUUUUUCUAGUUAUUCUGGAGUGUGUCUGAAACGUUCACACGUGACUAGCUAAUAGCUACUUUUUUUUUUUUGUUUUAGUGUUGGGAAACAUGCUAAAACAUUUGGCAUAUGUCACAGCUGAAAGUAUCUGGAGCUGGAGAAUGUAACCAUAGCCAGUUUGGUGCUUCUGCAGACAUUGUAUUUCCUCACUUCACUGGCAAGCAUCAGGUGUUCCUGGCAUUUUUACCCUCUUAAAAAGCAUUAAAUUAUUAAUCAGAAAAGGA